ACAAUGCGAAUUAGGAAGACGGUUCCUUCUUGCAAGUUGCAGUGGUAGCAGCCUGAGGCUGCAGCUGCAUUCAACGUUGGUUCAGAUCGAGAAGCUUUCAAGGGUGUGAGGAUCAGGAGGGAGGGGAGCGCCUUGCUUGCUUCUUUACCACCUUAUAUGGCUGUGCUGCUCUACGAAGGCUUUCAAUUAAGCAGCACAACGGCUUUUUUGGCGAAGAAGAGAGCAGAUCACAAUCGAGCUAAAGUCAGCUGCUCCUCGUUGCGAAGAACACUGGCUUGUCUCGAUUCAUUGCUUGCAAAGCGGGAGCACCAGGUAGGUUGCGCCGGACCGGGUGGACGGGUGGGAUCAAGUUGAGGGUAGCAUGACGCCCUCAAUAACGAUAGUCCGUACGGACCGAUCCGAGUUCCUCGAGCAAGAUCUGGCGGUCCCCCUGAGCCAGCUUUCCAGAUCCCAUGUGUCAGAGGUUGCCACCUCAUCAGCAGGAAGCAACUUGGUGUUGUUGGGAGAUGUUGCCACUUGUGAGCGGGAUAGUCUUGCAGUUCCUAUUGAGGAGAUCAGUGCGGCGGGAACUAGUGGUGCUCAGGAAGGGGCUGGCAGUGAGGAGGUGAAUAGAACGUCGACGCGGUUGAUACGACGGAGGCGGUUCCGCCCCUGGCGACUCCCCUUCGCCGCAGCCAAACGGGCCUCUGAUUGGGUUGGGCAAAGGGUUGACCGGACGCGAGCUUUCUUGUGUCACCACUGGCACCUCCUCAGAACGGGGGAGAGCGCCACAGAGCUUGUCAUUGUGUUCUCGCCGAUCGUGGCCGCGUCUUCGCUCGCAUACCUCGGCCCCGCCAUGUGUUUCUGGGCCACCAAGAAGCUGGCGAUGACGGCUCUCUUCUCGAUGAUCACGUUCACCAGCCUCCAAGCGGACAGUCUGCAGCCGAACAACAAGCUGUGGUGCAUGACAGACCGGACCAUCGCAACUGUGGCAGUGAUUACUGGCCCAGUUCGCACCUUCCUGCACGCGGCGGCCACCUUUGACAUGAAAAUCAAAAUCGCUAUUCUGUCCACAGUCGCGUUGUCAUGCUUGGCAUGGAGCCGGUCGUCAAAGUCACAAAGUGACUUCGUCUUGAGGCACACUUGCUGGCACAUUGUAUCUGCAGCGGGGCUUUCUUGGAUGGCCCUUCGGAGCGCCUACUUGGUGCAGCAAUAUGAGGCCAAACUGCUACUCACUGUGGCAGAGCUCGUUGCUUGAAUGAUAAUGGGACUGAACAUACCAAUUGGCAGAUUGGUUGCGACAGUCUAGGGCAUACCAACGCAUUCUGUUGGGUGCUUUUGUCAAAGAGCAGGUUAAUUAUGUCGUGCACAAGAGCACAGCCGCAGCAGCCCGCCGCUCCAUUUUAUCGACCGUUUCCUCACGAGCUGUGGGGUCAAAUAUAGAAAGGCUAACGCGAUACUGCGCAUUGAUUAUUGGUAACCGCUUGACACAAACGCCUCAAAGAGCUGCGUCGUCAUGGACAGCUUAAACAAAGUGCAAAACGCAAAGAUUGAGUUCCUCAGUACAUUUUGAGUGUUCCUCACUACAAUUGAGUGUUGAGGGUCCCUUACAGAUACUUAAAAAGAUGCUUCAAUUGCUUGCAUUCACCCGUAAAAUGUACCACUCUUGACAUUCGACUACUUGUGAAUCAUGC